GCCAGCCAAUGGGAACGGUUGGGAGUGCUGAUGCUGCAAUCGUUCAAGAAAAGCGUCAAACGAAAAAAGGCAUUGCUCAUGUACGGAGAGAAAUCUUUGCAAGUGAAGAUGACACCACUAAUUCCACUUUUGAUUUUCAUGAAAUUUAUUUCAGAUGCCACGGGUCAAACCAUAUCACUAAGUUGUCCAUCUCUUCAAGAAGGUUCAAUAGUGGGUGUCAACUGCUCAGUCCCAUCAUCGAUCUGUGCAUACACUGUUGUUUUCUUCGUUUUUGAAAUCAAUGGCGGAACACCUGAUCGUUUAUGCGCAGUACCCUCCACUCAAACAUGUGAUAUGGAACCUGUUGGAGCAAUGAACUGUAGCUGUAUACAGAAUGUUUCUGAUGUUAAAGUUUACAAGCUCAACUUCUUGGGAGAAAGGGCUAAGUAUGAGGGAGGAAAAUUAACCUGUAGUGUGGACUGCUCGCCAGCCGGACAGAGUUGUGAACCUCUCCGCUACACCGUAACAACAUCUCGUUCGCCUUCUGCUACAACAUCAUCUUUUUCGUCUUCUACAAAAGCGGGUGACACAGGUAACGGUUCGAUGGGUUGAACGUGAAUAUUUGGCAACUUGGAUCAUUGCGGCCAUGAGCGGAACCAUCGCGUUCAUCUCAAUACAUUGGUUGGUAUAAAUUUUAUCCUAAUUGUGUUUAUCAAUAUAGAUGGAUCAGACGUUCUUUAAGUGUACCUUUGACAGUGACUCAAUAGAGAAUCAAGAGAGAUGGUUUGGAAGAAGGAGUAUGUGUGUGCGAACGUGCGGUCGCGGGGUGCAUUGUUAAAGAUCGACAUCACUCUUGUGUAUUAGAAAUAUGUAGUUGACCACAUUUUAUGUUAUGUUGACUACAUUUUAUUUUAUGUAUACUACAUAUUAUGCUGAUAAAUUGUUUUUAACCUAUUUGGCUAGGCAGUAGAAAAUUUAAAGUAAAAUAAAAUAAUUGACAGCGUGACACCUAAUAAUCGGUAAAAUGAUUUAUCACUAAAUAAAUGAGGAGUAAUGUAUCGUUUUUAGGUAGGAUUUCAAAGCAUCUUGGAAGUAUCUAUUUUUGUAAACAGCUGAUUAUAUAUAUAAAAAGUUUCAGUCAGUUGCAUGGCUCCAUAGACAUUGCUAGCUCCGAAAUCGUCUCUAUAAGGAAAAAAAAAACCCACAAAAUUUUUUCUGUCUUAGAACGGAUGAGGAGUAGGAUGUGACGACCGCUGGAGCCGAUGUUUGCUGGAGUAAAAAAAAACAAGAAAUCACUGCUAAUGAGUUUUUCUCUAAGUUACUCUCUUUCAUUUGCUUCUUCAGCAUGAUAGACUUGUUCGCUUUCGUAUAUAACUAACGCUCCUGAUUCUUAGUACUUGCUGUACCUUUAAAAUCAAGACAGCAGUAGGAUAUAUAUUUAUAUACACAUAGAAUAUACAGAUACACAGUAUUUUAUCCCUUCUCUACUCACUUCCAUGCAUACAUUAUGAUAAGAUUAGACAUGCACACUUUUAUGUAUUUAAUAAUAUUUAGAUAUUGGGCUUAAAUUUUAAAAUUCCUGGAAUUUGCCAGACACAUUAUCUGUGACAUCUGUUCUGUGUUGCUAAAAACUGAAAGAAGUCAGCAAUUUUACUAAAAAUUAUUUUUAUUAGAUAGAAUCAGAAACACAUUUUAAAUAGUAAGCACUGAUUGAUCCAGUCUGAAGAUUUCCUAGUCUUUUCACAGAAGUUUAUAACAACUAAUUUUUGUAUAUUUCUAGAAAUAUUUGUGUAAUUAUGCGCACAUGUGACAAAUAAAAUUACAAAAUUGUUAUGUAGCAGACACAAUGACUAACUCACGGGUUUAUGUUAAAUUUUGCACCACAUCCCGUACAGACUUUAUAAAAGCCCAUAUAUACACAGUACUUUUCUCUCUUAUUCCAUAACACUUUUCAUUUAUAUUUCAACAAAGGUUAAAGUGCUUUGAUUUAUUGUCUGUCGAUUAUUGUUAUUAACAUUUUAUGUGUCUUGUAUCUAGCAUAAGGGUAGCACGAAUAAAUACCAUAUUUAGAUAGUGACAAAAUGCAAAACAACAAUCACAGUUAAUGGAAGUAAUCUUGACAUCUUCGCAUUUAAAACAGUUGGAUUAAACUAGCACUGUGUACACAUGUACUUUGCUUUUGUUAUAUAUAUAAUAUAUUUUCUCAUUUUUCGUAGAAACAAGAGAUAUGUAUGUAUUAGGGGAGGGGAAGGAUUAUGGAUAUGAAUUUUCCUAUUCACAGUGUUUAAUCAAAAUGGAAAGUGGAUAAUAAAGUAAAUGUUUCUGCAAGA